AUGCCCCCUCCCAUUCCUGCAUGCUCAAAGCCAAAGCUGCAGACCACCUGCUCGGCCAUCCAGGAAAUCCGCCGGUGCUCGCGCUUGGAGAUGCCUGAUAACAUACACACCUUUGUGCUCAAGGUAAACACCUCCACAGACGUUAUAUUUGAGGCUGGAGAUGAGCAGCAGCUGCAGUCUUGGAUGUCUGAAAUUAAAGAAUGCUCCCGGCGGGGGUCAGAUCUUGAGCUGAACUCCGAGUCUCCCUCAGAAGGAGUGACGGCCAGUCCUGCAAACAGCAGCAUCAACUCUCUUAACCAAGGUGCAAUGCAGUCUGGCCCAGCAGACCAGCCCUGCCAGAAGACCGACCAUUACCUGUCCUCCUACCCCUGGUUCCACGGGCCCAUUUCCCGAUUCAAAGCUGCCCAACUAGUCCAGCUCCAAGGGCUCGAGGGUCACGGGGUCUUCCUCAUCCGGCAGAGCGAAACCCGCUGGGGAGAAUACGUCCUCACUUUCAACUUCCAAGGAAGAGCAAAGCAUCUGCGGCUCUCGCUGACGGAGAGGGGCCAGUGCCGAGUCCAGCACCUGCAUUUCCCAUCCAUCAUGGACAUGUUGCUCCAUUUCCAACGGUAUCCCAUCCCUCUGGAAUGCGGCGCCCCCUGCGACGUGCGGCUGUCGAGCUACAUGGUGGUCGUCCCACACGCGCAAGGCCAGCGGGGCUCCGGCAACCCCAUCUCACACUCUUCCUCCAUCCAUUGCUGCGGGCCUGACUUCAGUCUCGUCCAGCUGACGCCAGCCAGCUGCCCGCAGCGCCACCCAGCCGACGCCCUUGCCCGCAGUUCCUCAGAAGAGCAGAUCUUCCAUCUUGUGCCGCCUCCAGAAGAGCUGGCCAGGAGCUUAUGGCGCAGAAGCAGCCUGUCGGGGCCGCCCAGCGCAUCUGCUGCGCACCGUGUGUGGGACGAGUAUGAAUUGGACUCGCAAGGCAGGGACCAUUUACGGGCAGUGAAUAACCAGUACACACCCCUUUGACACAGCGGGACGCGCUCGCCCCCGCCUGCUUUUGCACAGGACUCUUGGCCGACGCUUCAGGAAGCCGCGAGAGAGGAGUGACCCCUUCCCUUCCCGAAGGUGGGGGUGGGCUUGGUAAGCUAGAGCGAAGGCUCCCUCCCCCAGGAGGGUGACCCGACCAUUCGGCCUGUUACAGGGCCAGCUCUUUUGGUAGAUUUUUGUUUUACUCAAUUUGUUGUUCUUCCUUACUGGGUUUGCACAUCCCUCUUUGCUUCCAUCAAAUUUUGGUUUCCUUCUAAUCCCAGACCUUUGGAGGUGGGGGGUGGGGGAUAUUCUCGGAGGCGGCAACAAAACUGAUCCAAUCCCACCCACUACCCCCACCACUCCGCCCAUUUCCUGUGUCCUAAUUCUUUCUGCAUUGUUACAUUCCUUCCAGAGUGCCUUCCUGGGCUCU